AGAUAGAGCUAAAAAAGCAAUUUCAGAAAAGAGUAAAUAAGGAGAUGAUUAUUAUCAUUUUCUUACUUGGAAGAAAAAUAAAAUAAAAAAUAUCACUGUAAUUUUUUUUUCUUUUUUAAUUCCUCCUCCGUUUUCUUUAUACAUCUAUACAUAUUCAUAUUUAAAUAAUAUGUCUGCAUUAGAAAGUAAUUCAAAAGAAUAUGUAACCUCUGUUGGACACACCCAUGUUGGUUCAGAUGCUGAAUUAUCCACUUUACGUAAUUUAUAUUUACCAAAGGAGUUAAAUGAUCGUCAAGUGGAUGAAGAAACAGGACUUGUUGUUUAUAAAUCUAUUACUGCAUUCCCUCCCGUGAAACAAUUGAAACCAUCUGAACGUAAACGUAUCUUGGUGACAGGUGGAGCUGGUUUUGUAGGUUCUCAUUUAGUCGAUCGACUCAUGUGGAUGGGUCAUGAGGUUAUCGUGUUAGACAACUUCUUUACAGGCACAAAACGUAAUGUACAACAUUGGAUAGGUCAUCCUCAUUUUGAAUUAGUAAGACACGAUGUCGUUGACCCCUUUAUGAUUGAAGUAUCACAGAUAUAUCACUUGGCUUGUCCUGCUUCACCUCCUCAUUAUCAGUAUAAUCCUACUAAAACAGUGAAAACAAGUGUAAUGGGCACCAUCAACAUGUUGGGUCUUGCUAAACGUACAAAGGCUCGUUUCUUACUUACUUCAACUUCAGAGGUAUACGGUGAUCCUGAAGAACAUCCACAAAAAGAAACUUAUUGGGGUCAUGUCAAUCCAAUUGGUCCUCGAGCUUGUUAUGAUGAAGGUAAACGCAUUGCAGAAACAUUAACAUAUGCCUACAUGAGACAAAAUGAUGUUGACGUGAGAGUUGCACGUAUUUUCAAUACAUUUGGACCAAGGAUGUCUCCCGCGGAUGGUAGAGUUGUGAGUAAUUUUAUUAUGCAAGCUAUAAAAGGAGACUCUUUAACACUUUAUGGUGAUGGAGAACAAACAAGAUCAUUUCAAUACAUCCAUGAUUUAGUGGAUGGACUUAUUCUUUUAAUGAAUAAGAAUUACAGUGAACCUGUUAAUUUAGGAAAUCCUGAAGAAUAUACUAUUCGUGAUUUUGCAAAUAUGAUACGAGAAAUGGUUUUAACUCCCCCUUUAUCACCCGAGAGUGUUGAUAUUAAAGUUUUGCCUGCUGCUUUAGAUGAUCCUAAAAAACGAAAACCAGAUAUUAAUCGGGCAAAGACAUAUUUAGGUUGGGAGCCAAGAUUUUCUGUUAAACAGGGUCUACAAGAAACAGUAGAUUGGUUUAAAUUACAAGUAAAAGAGGGAUCAAUUUAGAAGAAGACUGUCAUUCUAUUAUUCCAAAAAUAGACUCUUUUAUUAUUAUUCAGUGUCAUUUUCUACUAAUUUACCAACCAAUACAUAUUUACUAGUAAAAA